AUGAAGCCGGGUCAUGAUCCCAGAAAAUCACAAGUCAAAUACGAAGCCGGGUCAGGAUACCAGAAAAUCACAAGCCAAAUACGAAGCUGGGUCAGGAUACCAGAAAAUCACAAGUCAAAUACGAAGCCGGGUCAGGAUACCAGAAAUCACAAGUCAAAUAUGAAGCCGGGUCAGGAUACCAGAAAAUCGCAAGUCAUAUACGAAGCCGGGUCAGAUACCAGAAAAUCACAAGUCAAAUACGAAGCCGGGUCAGAUACCAGAAAAUCACAAGCCAAAUACGAAGCUGGGUCAGGAUACCAGAAAAUCACAAGUCAAAUACGAAGCCGGGUCAGGAUACCAGAAAUCACGAGUCAAAUAUGA